ACUGUGUCGCCGAAGCCCCUCGGCGUUGAUACCACCUUAACAAUACCAACCCUGCCAGUCGACACAACCGUCUGUAUGACAGCGCGUCACGUAUCGGAUGACAAUGAACGCUGUCAGGGCAGAUGAGAUGACUAAACAGAUUGAGGACAAAGCGGAUCGAAAAGUGAAGUACAAUCUACGAAGAUCACGUUAUCUGUUACUUAAAAGCUAUAUUUUACGCUAAAGUUAUUUUCUUAAUUACUAUUCUUACAUGCAAGUGAAUUCUCAGGUAGAAGAGUUUGUAAAUUUAUAACUUGGCCUUAAACUAAACAUUUAUCCUAAACUUAGAAUCUAUAUGUACAACUCUAACCUAUUACGUACGGAGAAGCUGGGCGAAAUCUAGACUUGAUUGAUUAAUUCUAUGAGGACUGAAUAGCAAAACAGUGUGUGCAGGAAGUUAGUGCCGGAACGAGAGUAAAAGACACACAUAUAUGCACUAAACGAAUUAAAAACGGUCCUAAACUUCGGACGAAUAAAGGCCGCUACGAAUUCGGAAACCAUACAUGGUCUUUUAUUGUUACCGCGAUACGCUAGUAACAAAUUUUUUAAUUCGUUUACCGAAGAACGAUGUCGGACUCGGCCAAUGCUGCUGCCACUACUGGUAAUCAAGGUAAGAGCUUAGCUAAUCAAUCUGAAGACGCGCAUGUAGACCCCCCUAACGAACCCCAAACGAUGAACCCAAAUAAAGAUACCCUUCUCAAACCCGGUGGGGACAAAAAGGCACCCUCUGUCAAAAGUAGGUCGUCGAAAAGUCGGGAACACAAUGUCCCUUCCCCGCGGGACAAACAGUCUGAAACGAUCGGUCACAGUUGUCAAACGUGUCGUUUCGCGGAUCACAGCCGGAUGGUGCAGUGCGAUGAUUGUGAUGGUUGGCACCAUUACAAUUGCGUGGGCGUCGAUGAUCGUAUCGCGAAAAAACAGUGGCGGUGUGUGAAGUGUGAUGAUAAUCGGAAAGUUCGUCGCAGUUCCAAAACUACGAGGACGGAAGCGCCAAAAAAGAAGGCUACAGGCAAAGCGAAGAAGGAAUCCGGGACGAAGCAACCAGAUCUACAGGAACAACGGAAGCACCUGGGGGAUCAGCCGGCAAAGUGUAUAAAGGCAGCAUCGGUGAAAUCGGGAACUUCGCGGAAGUCGUCCAGAGCACAGCUGGAACUGCAACUGCAAAAACUAGAUGCUGAGCGAACCCUGCUGGAAGAUAAGAAGAAGUUAAUAGAGCAGCAGUACAGUGUACUCCAAGAACUCGCCGAACUCGAUGAGCAGGUCGAAGGCGCAGAAGACGGUGAUGAAGUAGAUGGGGCUUCCAAAGUGGAGGAUUGGCUGCGUGACGGAGUUAACUCGGACACGGAUGACGAGAGCACGGACUCAAGCGAAGGUGCAGACGAGGACAUCGGAAGUUCAUCGGAGGAAGACAUCGAUGACGAUCCUCAAGAAAACGGAUCGAAAUUCAAUCCGAUUCGGCGCUCUACACCAAGGAUGGACCCUAGGAGCAUGCAGAAAAGUGUUACACGCAGCAACCAGUUAAACUGUAGCCUGAACCGUAACCAACUCGCAGCUCGUCAAGUUGUUGCGAAGGAUCUGCCACCAUUCACAGGGAACCCCGAGGAGUGGCCGAUAUUUUUCUCCACCUACGAAAGCACGACUCGGAUGUGUGGCUACACCAACGACGAAAACAUGAUUCGGCUGAGAAACUGCUUGAGAGGAGACGCCUUCGCCGCAGUGAAGAGCUUUUUGCUUCAUCCGUCAACUGUGGAUAGAGCGAUAAGUGCCCUAAAACUGCGUUUUGGGCAACCGCGUUUCGUGAUUCAUUCGCUGAGGGACAAGAUAAUUGCCAUGCCGCCGCUGAAGCCAGAUUCAAUCAACAGAAUGAUCGACUUUGCGCUGGCAGUUCAGAAUCUCGAAGCAACGAUCGAUGCGUGCGGACAGAGGGACUUGAUGCGAGAUACGUCGUUACUGGGCGAGCUGAUUGGAAAGCUCCCUGCUUCGAUGAAGCUGGAAUGGGCGAGGCAUACCCGCAGCCUGCGGAAGGUCAACCUGGCGGCCUUCAGCAAAUGGAUGUACGAUAUGGCAGAAGACGCUUGCCUAGUUGCCGAGCCACGCAGGAAUCAAGAAGUACAUCAAAGUCACGAACCGCGCAAAAACUCAAAGGCAUUCCUGAAUACGCACACCGCUCAGCCGAGCUGGAAGAAGGAAGAUCAGCAGGCAUCACCACCAAGUAUGACCAGAUCUAUAGGGGCACAAAAGAAGGUCUACUCUCAGGCCUGCAUCGUUUGUAAGGGAAAUUGCGCCACUCUCGCUAAAUGUGGAAGGUUCCUAGGGCUGUCUUAUGACGGACGGUGGUCUACAAUUCGUGAAGCUAAAGUCUGCAGGAAGUGUCUGAAGCAACACAAAGGAGGCUGUGAAUCGAAGCAAUGUGGUGUGAGCGGAUGCACCUAUAAGCACCAUCCCUUGUUGCAUAAGGAACUGAAUGCAGAAACGGCGGCGGUAGUGAAACCACAACGUGAAGAGCAGUCCUGUAACACACAUCAGUCGGGGGCAAGUCCCAUCCUUUUCCGUUAUGUUCCAGUCAUUGUGUACGGCUGUGGUAUUGUUGUACACUGUUACGCCUUUCUGGAUGACGGAUCCUCGAAAACGCUCAUGGACGAAGAGUUGGCAAAGGAACUGAACCUUUCCGGAGAACGCCAUCCACUUUGUCUAAAAUGGACUGGCGGUUUGCAUAGAUCGGAAGACGAGUCACGCAGCGUUCAAAUUGAAAUCUCCGGACUGAAGGGAAAGCGCUUCCGCUUUGAGGACGUUCGUACCGUUACAGAGUUGCAGCUACCCAGUCAAACACUGGAUGUUCAGCAGCUACAGUCGGAAUACUACUACCUGAAGGGGGUUCCCGUAGAAUCCUAUCGUGACGUCCGGCCGAGACUCCUGAUCGGAGUUCAACAUGCACACGCAACGCUGGUGAGGAAGAGUCGCGAAGGAAGGCCCGGUCAACCGAUCGCUAUUAAAACAAACCUUGGCUGGACGAUAUACGGCGGCGCUCCGGCAGAACAAUCUGUGAACAUGGUUCAUUACACAAAUCACGUCUCUUGCUGCGAUCACGAUACCGAAAAAGCUGAUGAAAAUCUCGGUCAAGUGGUGAAGGAGUACUUUUCACUCGAAAGCCUUGGCGUCACAUCACCAGUCAAACAAAUUCGUUCCCAAGAAGAUGAGCGCGCUAUGAAACAAUUGCGGGAGCUUACCCAGUUCAACGGCGUGAGGUACGAAUCAGGAUUACUAUGGAGGCGAGACAGCGAACGUUUACCAAACAAUAAGGCGAUGGCAUUGAAACGCUUCAACCAUCUGGAACGCCGCAUGGAGAAGGACUCUGAACUAGCUCGGAUAGUGAAAGAGAAGCUGAUAGAAUACGUUACCAAAGGCUACGCACGUAAACUAACCACAGAAGAACUGGCAGAAAACCACGAACGUGUCUGGUAUUUACCAGUUUUUCCCGUUGUUAACCCGAAUAAACCAGGCAAAAUUAGACUCGUCUGGGACGCGGCUGCUACGACGAAUGGAGUCUCGCUGAACUCUGCGCUCCUGACCGGACCAGACUUGCUGGAACCGCUAAUGCACGUGCUGUACAGAUUCCGGCAAAAUCGUUUCGCAAUUUGUGGAGACAUACGUGAAAUGUUUCACCAAGUCGCUAUUCGCAACGAAGAUCAGCACAGUCAACGUUUUUUCCUGAGUGACGAGGAAGGCCAGCCUGAACCCGGCACUUACGUCAUGCAGGUGAUGACUUUUGGGGCCUCUUGCUCACCGACAACUGCCCAGUUCGUAAAGAACACGAACGCAGAACGCUUCAGCAAAACACAUCCAGCUGCAGUCACAGCGAUCGUACGGUGCACAUACGUAGACGACAUGCUCACCAGUACUGAAACAGAGCAAGAAGCAAUCGAGCUAGCGAAAUCCGUCUGGUUCGUCCACAAGGAAGGAGGAUUUGAAAUCCGCAAUUGGAUGUCCAACUCGCCCACAGCUCUGGCAGCCCUCCACGGCGACUUGAAUCAUGAGAAAAGUCUCGACUUAUCGUCCACUCUCGCAACUGAAAAGGUGCUAGGCAUGUGGUGGUGCACACAAACGGAUUGCUUCACGUACAAGAUAAACUGGAGCAGGCUUGGCGAAGACUUGCUGACUGGCGAACGCUACCCCACAAAGCGAGAAGUUCUCCGCACCAUGAUGACGAUCUACGAUCCACUUGGCUUAAUCGCUCACUACCUAAUGUUCCUAAAGGUACUGCUACAGGACAUCUGGCGAACGGGUAUUACUUGGGACGAGACAGUGAAUCGAGAGUGUUUCGAAAAGUGGCAGAUGUGGUUAGGGCUUCUUCCGGAAAUCGAGAGUCUCCAAAUACCACGCUGCUUUCGCCUUCAAACGUCAGCAGGAGAAAACACGGAGAUCCAAUUACAUACCUUUGUUGACGCCGGUGAAAACGGCAUGGCUGCCGUUGCGUAUCUCCGUUUCGUGGAAGCAGGGACUGUUGAGUGCUCGUUAGUUACAGCGAAAACCCGCGUAGCGCCGCUUAAAUACCUGACUAUUCCUAGAUUAGAACUCCAAGCGGCCCUCAUUGGCGCAAGGCUAGCGCACUUCAUUAUCCAGGGAUUGGACCUUACAAUCUCUCGAUGUGUUUUCUGGUCAGAUUCCAGGAACGCGCUCUCGUGGAUAUGCGCAGAUCACCGUAGAUAUAGUCAAUUUGUGGCUGCCCGGGUUAGCGAGAUCUUGGAUCUAACAAACGUUGCUGACUGGAAAUGGGUUCCAACGAAAUGGAACGUGGCUGAUGAAGGAACCAAAUGGCAGCGACGUCCUUCAUUCACAGCUGAAAGCAGAUGGUACAAAGGGCCUGAAUUCCUUUGGCAACGAGAAGAAGAAUGGCCUUCUGUGCCCAUUAAGCUCGAAGAGACCACUGAAGAGUUGCGCGCCACCAUUCACGUCCACUACGAAACGGCAAAGUCGGAGUUCCCGAUAGAGAGAUUCCGUGACUGGAGAAAGCUGAUACGUACGACGGCACAUAUUUUCCGGUUCAUUGCGAACGCCCAGCCGAAACGGUUUCCUCGGCUAACGUGCGGCAUCACAAAGGAGGAAAUGCGCAACGCAGAAACCUUCCACUUUCGGGCUGCGCAACAAGACAGUUUCCCAAACGAGUUUGCUGUUCUCCUUCGGAACGAUAGCAAAGUAGCGAUCCCUAAACGAAGCCCGCUAUACAAGCUGAGCCCCUUCAUCGACGGACAAGGUUUGCUGCGCAUGGCAGGCAGAACCGCAGCGUGUGAAUACCUAUCACCGGAUACUAUUAAUCCCAUUAUUCUACCUCGUGAUCAUCGGAUAACGCACCUCGUAGUACGAAGUUAUCACGACAAGUUUCACCACCAAAAUCAUGAGUCGGUGAUAAACGAAGUGCGCCAGAAGUUUUGCAUAAGUCGACUGCGCCGCGUUUACGCCAAAAUCCGGUCAGAGUGUCAACGUUGUAGGUUGAGAGAUGCACGCCCACGACCUCCAGCAAUGGCAGAUCUUCCUCCAUGCAGACUGGCCGCAUUUGUCCGCCCGUUUACCCACACUGGGGUAGACUACUUUGGCCCUAUGGAAGUAUGUAUUGGGAGAAGGGUUGAGAAGAGGUGGGGGGUCCUACUAACAUGCCUUACCAUACGCGCAGUCCACAUCGAAUUAGCUAGCUCAUUAACCACUAACUCUUGCAUCAUGGCACUGCGCAACUUUAUUGCCCGGCGCGGAACUCCAGCUGUAUUUUACAGCGACAGAGGAACCAAUUUUAUUGGUUCUGAACGCGAACUGAAGCAAACUUUGAAGGCCGUCGAUCAGAACAAGAUGGCACAAGAGUUCGUCAGUUCCACGACAUCCUGGAGCUUCAAUCCACCGGCAGCCCCUCACAUGGGGGGAAGUUGGGAAAGGCUGAUUCAGUCCGUAAAGCGGACCCUGUUGGAGCUCAAACCGUCUCCACGACCAACUGGUGAGGAAUUGCGGAACGCGUUGAUAGAAGUCGAAGGUAUCCUGAACGCUCGACCUCUGACACAUGUACCCAUCGAAGACGAAGCAGCUCCUGCGCUUACACCAAACCACUGGCUACUAGGAAGCUCCGAUGGGUCCAAACCUUGGUCGUUGCUGGAAAAUGACUCGAUCGCGCUGAGACGUGGCUGGCACCAAUCCCAAAUACUCGCCAACCACUUUUGGGAGAGAUGGCUACGUGAAUAUCUGCCGGAGAUAACAAGGCGCACCAAAUGGCACCAGAGGGUCGCGCCUAUCAAGGAAGGUGACAUCGUGCUGAUCGUCGAUCCGGAACUCCCGAGAAGCUGCUGGCCAAAGGGGCGCGUCAUAGGUACAGUCAAUCGCGACGGGCAGGUACGUAAAGUAACAAUACAAACCGCGAAGGGAGUCUACGAGAGGCCAGCUGUAAACGUUGCGGUUCUUGACGUCAAGGGCAAAGAGGAGUUAGCGAACUCAGAGAUGGAGUUCCCAAACUGGGGGGGACUGUCGCCGAAGCCCCUCGGCGUUGAUACCACCUUAACAAUACCAACCCUGCCAGUCGACACAACCGUCUGUAUGACAGCGCGUCACGUAUCGGAUGACAAUGAACGCUGUCAGGGCAGAUGAGAUGACUAAACAGAUUGAGGACAAAGCGGAUCGAAAAGUGAAGUACAAUCUACGAAGAUCACGUUAUCUGUUACUUAAAAGCUAUAUUUUACGCUAAAGUUAUUUUCUUAAUUACUAUUCUUACAUGCAAGUGAAUUCUCAGGUAGAAGAGUUUGUAAAUUUAUAACUUGGCCUUAAACUAAACAUUUAUCCUAAACUUAGAAUCUAUAUGUACAACUCUAACCUAUUACGUACGGAGAAGCUGGGCGAAAUCUAGACUUGAUUGAUUAAUUCUAUGAGGACUGAAUAGCAAAACAGUGUGUGCAGGAAGUUAGUGCCGGAACGAGAGUAAAAGACACACAUAUAUGCACUAAACGUAAGGAAUUACACAUUAAAACUUAACCCUAAAACAUGCCCUAAAAAUAUUGUUUACAUGCACAGGAAUUAAAAACGGUCCUAAACUUCGGACGAAUAAAGGCCGCUACGAAUUCGGAAACCAUACAUGGUCUUUUAU